AUGGCUUCGGAAAAGCAACCGUCUCGCACGUCCAGCCUUAGAGCGAGAGCGAGUGUUCGAUCUUCGAGCUCCAGCCGCAGUCCAUCCAUCUCACGAACUGAUUACACGAGCAAUAGCAAGACGACUUUGGGCAAGGUUACGGCCGCAGCGCUAUCAGAAAAACGUCCAAUAUUGACGACUGUACGCCAUAGUUUGAUUGUAGACGAUGGUCGGCCGUUAGAUCUCGUGAAGAACGGCCUUAUUCCAGAAAGCAACAUCUCAACGCAAGAAUCGUGUCCGGCCAAAGCGAUUCGAAGAUCCGCCAGCUGCUCUGCAGCAUCACGAAACUCGAUGCAUCCUGGCACUAUCCAGAGGUGGGGUGGUUUGACACGGACUGUCAGCACUUGGGAUGGUUUACGCAGGGAUCCUGAGCUCUGGUACGAAGACGGUGACUGCUACAUUCACUUGCACGGAAGAGGGGCGUCUCGUCGGGGCCCAUCGUUCUGCAUUCCUUUUAGGGUCUUGCGACAGAAGAAGUGUAAUGCUAUUUUCAACCAAUGCGAUGCGCAGAUGACAUCGACCGCAGGAUUAAGCCCUCAGCCACUGAAGCGGAUGCCCAGCUCACUCAGUAAUUCAAAUCGCGGAUCAAGCACAGUGCAACUCUUCAUUCCUGCUCCAGAGGCGACCUCUCGGGAAGACUCAUUCAAUUGGCAUAUCACGACUCGCAAUUUCUUUGCGUUUCUACUAGGCAAGCCUUUGGUAGGCGAACAUAUGGGCCAGGCAUUCGUGGAUCUCCAAGAAAGACUACGCCUCUUCCGACCUGACUCCAACAAUCAUCAGGACUUCCUGGAAUACGCUGAAAAUCAAGGUUAUCGGGAUCUCCUCGAGUGCACAGACUAUGCACUUGCAAGUGUGUAUUACGCUGAACAUUACAAGCUGAGAGAAGUUUGGAUCGAUGCGUUUGCUCAUUGUGUGGGCAUGAGUGAGAGUCUAGCGCUUAGCCCAGAGUAUUUGUUACUUUCCAGACUGACAAAGGCACUGAUCACGCGAGCUCAUCUUGAAGUUGACGUCCAUCUCAGUCGAGUGACUACAGCGCUCACCCAGUUCCUUGAAGAAGAUCUCUCGCCAGCGUACCUUGGACUGACACCUGGAGCUCGAAGCCAUCUAGACCGAUUUCGGAGAUUUCUACACAGCUUCUACACCGAAAAGUUUGGUUACUGGCCACCGCCACGAGGCACUUCGUUCCCCAAGGCUCUUUACAAGUCCAUGUACUACGACUUCAAGAAUCUAUACGACUACCUUGUAGAUACCGACUCAACAACAGACAUUUCUCUACAGAAGCCGGCAAGCGGUGGAAUAUGCGUCCUACAGAACGUGGUCAACUUCGACAAACGACAUAACUUCACAGCGCAACCACAUCCUUUGCCGCUAUUGCCAACCUACACACCACCUUCCAGGAAGUCAGAUUCCCAAAAAGCCUUGAGACAACUGACUCUGGCAUCUCAACACAACAAGACGCAUGAGCUUCACACUAUGGGCGCCGCUUUGGCUGUCGCAACUAAUAGUCUUAAGCAGGAUGCCACCACCUCGAAGAUCAUUCAAGCGUAUAUGCGAUUUGAGAGGGUUACUACGAAUGCAAACCAACGCGAGGAGAAACUUGCGGCAGUAGAUGCCCGCAAAGUCAGGUGGCUCUUAAUCUACGGGACGCUCCAGUACCUCGUCUCGGCACUUCGAGCUCCGAAAGAGGUUCGGGAUACUGAGACCGCAGACUAUCCACUAUGCUGUCUCGUGGGCAAAGUGGCGACUCCGACUCCCACGCCCGAGGUCUCGAUCUCCUCUCCUCAAGUGCUUAAGGACUACCUUUCCGAGUCUCAAUGCAGUCCUUGCACAAUACAACCGGAUUGCCACAGAGAGGAUUACUUUUCGUCGAAGCCUUCAAGCCGACGCGGUUCUAUCGAGGUGCCUGCGCCACUCAAAAUAGCUCCACCAAAUCGGGCAAGCACCAUCCGCUCUUUUGUACCGCUUUCACUCUCUGCACGAAGCUCUAGACGAAACAGUCUGACCCUCAAACCCACACAACAUUGUGCUAUACUCGUUCAGGGUUACGGUAACGGUUUGAACGAGACGACACACACUUCUCAAUCGCUAGAUAGCUCUCGCCGUGGCUCUUCGGUAUACUCUGUCUUGCCUGAUGGAGCGGGCCCUGAGACGUCCUGGCUAAGAUCAGUGACAUCGUCUGCCUCUCACAGUCGGAACCCAUCAUCCACCGAAGGAAGCAGUAUCCCUCGCCCCCGAACCCCGCUCCUCGAUUCGGCCCAGCUCGACCUGACGACUGGCAUUGCAAUCAACCGUGGCGCGGCCGAAGCUCCAAGUCGCUCCGAUAGCACUAGCAGCUCGGCAUCUAGUUCAGUAUGGAGUGAAGGAGGUAGUGCAGCAUCUUCCAAGUCAAGCGUAGACGGGGAACACUCUGUAUACUCCAAGGCCAGCCCUGCAGAGCACAGUGGCCUUCUCGGUGGUCUUGUCUCCGCCAGCAGUACUUCGAUUGGGAGUCCUCGGACCAGGUCCAUGACUAGGGCGUCUAUACCGCAAAGCCAUAUACAUCCCCUGCUACGGCAUCCAUCACGGCACAACGGCUUCCACUUUGGGUUCAACAACCAAACUUCGAAACUCACGCAUGUUUCUCCCGCAACGGACAGUGGUAAUUCGAUGAUCGGCAUGGCACUGUCUGCACCGCCGUCUCCACUCACGCGGACCACGUCUUUCUUCCUCAAUACGCAGUCCAUGGACGAGGAAAGGCCCUAUCUUCCCCCAAGGGCAAUCACCAUAGACUCACCUCCCACUUUCACCGCUACUCCUUCUACCAAGGAAGUCCACGAUACAGACGUGCUCACCACGGCGCCAAGUGAAGCGUGGGAGCAAUACAAAGCAGCACUCACGCGACAAGAAGAUCGAACUGGCUCGGAUUCUUGCCCACCAUCGAUUACAAAAACAUCACACAACUUCAGAGUGCCAUCUUUCAUGUCGAGCAAAAUUGGCAAGGAGGAAGAGCAAGGUAGAAAGAAGGAGAGGAGGCUCUCGUCGCUUUGGCGGCGAUAG